GUAUAUAUUAGGGUGGUCCUUAUUUUCGAACUUAACAUAUUUUUAUGCAGGACCCCUUCAAUUUGUUCCAUUAUAUAAAUAACUAUUUCUUGCAAAAGUUGGGACCGAUCAGUAAAUAUUAACCCGUGCCCCAUAGGACCCAAAAUUUAAAAUAAUUGUACAAGUGUCAAACUCAUUUUCAAAGAAAUUGGACUUACAUCGUUCUUCCCUUCAUUCGUUUUGUCGUACAAAGAGUCAAUUGUACACACGAUAAAACAAAUAAAAAAAUUGGUAAUAUAAUUGUAAUAAUAAUUGUUAAUAGUAUAAUUGUCGACUUUUGUUUUUUGUGGCAACAACGCUGUACACUUAGCCAGCUGAUUUUAAAAAUAAAAAUUGUUUUUUGUAAUUACUAAGCUGCGGAUGUUCGUACACGUUCCUAUGUCGCGCACGGAGAACCGCAAUGUGCGAAUCAAUGUGUGUUCGUGUGUGUGACGAUUGUCAAUUCUUGCUGGUGCACGGUCACUAACACACACAACUCGCACGCAGAGGCGCUCAGAAACAGGAUCGUGCACGAAUCGUCCACACCGUAGUAGUUACAUUGAUACAUUAUUCUUCAAAUUUGAAAAUGUCACGAAAACCUAUUUUUCUUGUCGGUUCAAUGAGAAAACAAAUUACUGGUAGUAAAUUACCAUGCCAAAGAGAUGUUUUAAGUGUAUUGUUUUACAAUAUGCGUGAAGUGAAAUUAAACUUACAUGACAGUGCUUCUCUUGUAAUUGACGAAUGUUUAAUAUUUUGGAAAAAGGCUCGUAUACCAACUCAAGAUCGUUCUGAUUGUAUUAAAAAAUGCAAGAAGCUGUAUGAAAACUUCAAAAAGCUGGGAAAGCAUAAAACGCGAGCGAGUAUAUCUUGUAGACAAAAAGAGAAAGAAUUUGAAGACAGCUUAAAUAAUCUCUUUGAUAUAGCACAUGCUAAUGCAUUAGAUAUAAUAAAAAUCAAUGAAGAUAAGGAAUUUUUACUUAUGCAAAGGAAAAAUGGACGACCUGGUUGUAUGUUGGGAAUAGAUAUGAAAUUAACUACUGCCGAAUUGAAGAAAGCUGCGCAAGAAGAAAAGGAAUUGCAAAGAAGAAGAAAACAAUAUUGUGAAAUUGCAAGUACAGUACAUGAUUAUCUGUCUUCUUUUACUGAUUCUUCUAACGAGUCGGAAAUGGAAAUUGAAACAGAUAUACCAUUUUCUAGCCAACCCGGCACAUCAAAAAGUGAAGAAUAUGCAGAAACGGAAACAGAAAAUAAUUUUUCUUCGAGUCCUAAGCUGUCAAAAAGUAAAAGAGCUAGAAAAAAUAUUUUGACUGCUCGACUCUCAGCAGCAUUAGACAGAUGUAAAAUUAGUGAUAGGGACGCUGUUCACAUAUUGACAGCUUGCGUAGAUGCUAUCAAUUUAAAUCCACAAGAGUUCGUCAUUAAUCGAACUUCCAUUAAGACAGCUCGAGAAUAUUAUCGUAAAAAGAUCUCACUGGAUGUAAAGUCAAAAUUCUACAAUUUGAAUUUAAAUUUUGUGGUUAUUCAUUGGGAUUCUAAGAUACUUCCAGACAUUACUGGAAAAAAAAAUGUUGAUCGUCUUCCAGUCAUAGCUACAGCUCCAAACGUAGAGCAACUUUUAGGAGUUCCUGAACUUUCGUCGGGAACUGGACGUGAAAUAUCAUCGGCUGUUUACGAUACCUUACACGAAUGGUCAUUAUUAGAUAUUGUUCAAGCUGUCGUUUUUGAUACCACUGCAAGCAAUACAGGUCGUUUGAAAGGUGCAUGUUAUCUUUUGGAACAAAAACUGGAUCGUGAUAUUUUAUUUCUGGCUUGCCGUCAUCACAUUUUCGAAAUUGUACUGCAAGGCGUAUUUGACGAAAUACAACUUUUUCCUAGUAAAGGACCAGACGUACCCCUAUUCAAAAGGUUCAAAAAUACAUGGAAAGAUAUUGACCAAACGCAAUAUUUAACAUGGUUGUCAGAUGCAAGUGUUAGAGAAAUGUUAAAAGACGAUGCAAAUGAGAUAUUACUCUAUGCUAAAAAAAAAAUUGAAGAAGAUCUACCUCGUGACGAUUAUCAAGAAUUUUUAGAAUUAAUUAUAAUAUUCUUAGGAGAGACACCAUCACGAGGAAUACAUUUUCAUCAGCCUGGAGCAUGUCAUUUAGCUCGAUGGAUGGCCAAAGCAAUAUAUUGCUUAAAAAUAUAUAUGUUUAGACAACAAUUCAAAUUAACCCAUAAGGAGGAAAAAGCUCUAAGACGGAUUUGUUGUUUUAUAAUAAAAUGCUAUGCAGAGGCAUGGUUUUCUGCUCCGAACGCGAUCGAAGCUCCUCUUAACGAUAUCAAUUUUCUAAAAAAAUUGAUAGCUUAUAAGAUCGACGACAAAUUAGUUGCGGAAAAAGCAAUUAAUAAGUUUAUUAACCAUUUAUGGUAUUUGAAUGAAGAAUGUGCGGCUUUUUCUAUAUUUGAUGAAAGAAUAAGUGAUGAAGAGAGAAGAGAUAUAGCACAAAAGAUACUUCUGGACAGAGAAACAAAUGAAGCGGACGAAAAAAACGAUAAAGAACCAGAAGAAAUGAGAAAGAAACUAUUUAUCAAAUUAGAUGAUUUGGAAUACUUCCUUAAUAAAGAUCUUCCCCAGGAAAUAAUUACGAAUAAUUCGAAAAAAUUAUUUGGUAGGUUCGAAAUUUCUCAAGAUUUUCUACAACUAGAUCCUAUGCACUGGAAAGAUCAGGAUAGUUAUAAAAAAGGAAGGAAAAUCAUAAAUUCUUUGAGAGUGGUAAACGAUACAGCGGAAAGAGGUGUAAAAUUGAUGGAAGAGUUUAACUCAAAAUUUACGUAUGACGAAUCUCAAAAACAAUUUAUUUUACAGGUUUGCAAGAUCUCGUUUCUGAUAUUUUUUCAACUUUUCCAUUUGUAUUGUGCCUCUAUUUUUGUUAAUUUUUAUUAUAUAUAAUUUAAUGUUCUUUCUUUUGUAGGCGGUACAAGAUUAUCGUAAAAGGUAUCCAGGACAUAGUCGAGAGACGUUAAAUAAACCAUACUUAUAGUUAUAAAUAUCAGAUUUUGUACUUAUAAAAUAAAUAAACAAGUUCUAUAUUACACAAUUUUGGUAUUUAUUUAAUCGUAACAUAAUUUUUAGAAACUGAUUAGUUAAAAGAAUUAAAAAAUCGAUUUUUUCAAAUUUAAAUUCGAUGGGGCACAGGUUAAUAUUAUCCGAUCGAUCUAAAAUUUUAUAUGGGUUGUUUUUUUGUAUAAUGAAAGAGAACUAGGGGGUCCUACUAUUUAAAUUGAAAAAAAAAAAAAUUUCCUAUAUAAAUAAGGACCACCCUA